AUGUCUGCACAUGGAAGUCCGGUGUCACAGCCACCGAAUGUGCCGUUGGAUGAUGAUGAUGACGACCUUAGAGAUCCGCAGGUUGCUUCGUCUUCGCAGGUGCCAGGGUUCCCUGCAAGUCCCCUCCCACAGGCUCCAGGGCCGCAGCUUGCCGACAUGCAGGCUAUGCAGACGAUGGUGAUGUCGCUUGCUCAGACUGCGCAACAGACUCUGAUGAUGGUUUCUCAGCAGAGCGCAGCAGCCAACAAGCCAUCUCCUGACAAUAGUGGGGGUUUUACUUUAGCCAACAAGGUUCUCAAGUAUCCCGAGCCGUUUGGCACUGAGAAUGCCGAUCAGGAUGCGCUGGGCUGGCUAGCCUGGUCCACCAGUUUCCGUAACUGGGUUACUUUUGCAGAGCCUGCUUAUGAGAGCGAUCUGGCAGAAGUAGAGCAGCGCCUGACUGAAGUGCCUCACAUUGCCAACAUGCCCCCUGUGUGUCUUGAGAGGGCGCGGAAGCUGUAUGUGAUUUUAGGUUCUGUCUUGAAGGGAAGGCCGCUUGCAAUACACCACGGCAUUGAAGACCGCAAUGGGUUCGAAUGCUGGCGGCAGUUGACCUGUCAAUUUAGCCCGAGGACGCGUUCCAGGUCGCUCGCGCUGCUGAGUGCAGUGAUGGGGCUUCCAGCAUUCACACGUGACCGUACGAUGUGUGAGCAACUCAGCAGCUUCGAGCGGUUGAUCGCCGAGUAUGAAAAGGCCUCCGGCAAUGCGCUUCCUGGUGAUGUCAAGCUGUCAGUUGUGCUUAGAGCCAUCCCCAAAGCCCUGCAAUCCCACGUGCGCUUGAGAAUGGACGCUUCUACGAGUUAUGAGGACGUAAAGAACCUUGUGCUGUCAUACGAAGUAAGUACCACGAACUGGAGUGCCGCGCGAGUGCAGCAGGAGCUCGGCCUUGUUAGUCCCAAUAAGGGCAGUGUUUCCAUGGAAGUGGAUCAAGAUGGUUCCGCCUCCCCCGAUGCCGAAUGCCAUUAUUGCCACAAGAAAGGGCACUACAAGAGGGAUUGCCGCAAGUACAAGGCUGACCUUGCGUCCGGCAAGGUACGUGCAAUCACUGAGGAUGAUGCUGCUACUGGCGAUCAAGGAUCACCGUCGCCCAAGGCAGCCGCCAAAGCAGCUGUGAAGCGCAUCAUGUUUGACAUUCGUGCUGUGCCUGGCGAUGCCGCCUCCCACUCAAGUGUCAGAGCGAUUCGUUGUGCAGUUUCGGAUAAGCCAUGCCAGUCAGAUCCGUUUGCAGUUUCGAAUGAGCCGUGCCAGUCAGAUCCGUUUGCGGUUUCGGAUGAGCCGUGCCAGUCAGAUCCUUGUGCAGUUUCGGAUGAGCCGUGCCAGUCAGAUCCUCGUGCAGUUUCGGAUGAGCCGUGCCAGUCAGAUCUGUCCGUAGGCCGCAAUGAUCACACCAGCUGUCCUGCAGAGUUCGACAUAGCUAGCAGUGAUCACGAUAGCGAUUGGGAUCUCAGCCCUGUUUCGUCACCCAUGCGUGUAGCUGCGGUCAGCCGUCACAGCUAUGAACAGCAGUUGGAAAUCUGUGUUGACACAGCCGCCGAUGAGUCAUGCCUGCCUCUUGACUUCGUGUGUGUUGGGUCCCAUGCGUCAGGUGAGCCGCCGCUUGUUGAUUGCCAGGGCAACACGAUUCAUACCAAGGGGAGUCGCCUGGCCACUUUGGAGGCUUCUGGGGUCGAGCUGAAGGAGCGCUGGGUUGUGUCGCCGGUGUCUCAGCCAAUCCUAGCCACGGGCAAAUUGCUCAAGCAGGGCUGGAGGUUUCUUGACUUCGAUGAUCUUGGAAUGUGCCUGACCAGCCCGUGUCAUGGAGCGCGGAUUCCUGUGGGUUUCAGUAACAACACGCUUGUGUGCAAGGGCGUUAUACGCUCGAUCCAUGAGCCACCGCCCGCUGAAGUUCGUGCUAUCAAGGUGCGCUUGACAGGCUUGCUCGACCGCCUUAUUCGCAGCACAGACUUCUUUCAGGAGAUUGCCCCAGGUGUGCAUGCCACGAGCCUUACCUCGAAGCAUCUUGUUGAUCUGAGCCUGUAUCUCCCUUACGAGGGUCUCGCCUACCGCACCACCUUGCUCAAGAUAGAUGGGGAUUGGGUUCUUUCCGAGCUUUCCUCUUCAAUCGCCGACCUUGGCGAAGACCUGACCACUCAGGUUGCAGAUCAGGAGGUGGAGAUGAUCGUGUUCGGCCACCUGGAGCCGCUGGCACCCAGUGACCUUGGUUUCGCGACUGACGUGCCAAUUCUUGAUGCGCCGGCGCCUGCGCCUCCAGAGUCUUCAGCAGAUCCUGUGUUUGAGAAUUUCUUCGGUGAGGCGGUACAGGAGGCAGAUGUUGAGCUAGGCGGCGGGGCUGAUGCUGAGUCGGCCGGCGGGGCUGCAGUUGAAGCAGCCGGCGGGGGCGAUGCACGCGAUGGUGCCCUUGAUGAUGCUGUGAUGCAAGGGGCACUCGCUGAUGAACGCGAAGCACAGCCCGACAAGAUUGUCGUUGAUGAUGUUGAGCUGAGUCUUGAUAGCACCUUGUCGGUGCUCCGCCGUGCGUGCCAAAGCCUUGGUGUUGGGAAAUCAGGUUCAAAGGCUGUGGUAUUCCGUAGGUUGUGCAACCAGCUUGACCGCCUUAAGCUGAUCGAGGCUAGUCGUGCUGCUGAAGUUCCGAAUGCACCGGUGCCCAAUGUGCCGUCGGCUCCGAAGGAGCCCACACCAGAGCAACGACGGGCCCACGAGGCUGUGCAUGCACCAUAUGAGCCCUGGUGCCAACACUGCGUGGCCUUUAAAGCCAGAGACGACAUGCACAAGCCUGCUAACGCCGACCGCAAAUUCCCUGUGAUAUCCUUCGAUUAUGGGUUCAGCGGCCGAUCGGAGGAGGAUGGCCCUCACAACAAGUUAGCCUUUCUGUGUCUGCACGAUUCGGAGAGCGGGUGGCGAGAAGCCAUCCCGGUGCCAGGCAAAGCAGGCGUGCAUGAUGGGAUCAAUGUCAUCAGCUAUCUUGCUGCUGAGAUUUGCAGGCUGCAUAGCAUGCUUGGCUACUCCAAGGUUGUGCUUCAAUGCGAUCCUGAGCCCACAUGCCUCAAACUACGUAAUGAGGUGAGGCGCAUGCGGCUACAGCUGGGUUUGCAAACUGAUGUGCAGCAGUCACCUGAAGAAAGUCAUCAAUCCAACGGAGGUGCCGAGGUUGCAGUACAAAUGCUGCGGCAACAGUGCAACACUCUGCUCUCGAUGUACGAAGCAGAGACCAAGCUUCAAGUUGCAACGGCCCACGCUCUUCACCCGUGGUGCCUUCGGCAUGCUUCUUGGAUCCUGAACAGAUUUGUGCUGCGACCCGGAGGGCUCACUCCUUUCGAGAUCAUACAUGGUCGUCCUUACAAGGGCGAGGUGAUACCGUUUGGCGAAACCGUGAUGGGAUUGGUCUCUCCCGGGCCCAAGGGCAAACCUCGGUUCAUCCAAGCCAUCAUGCUUGGAAAGUGCACACCGAAUGAUGAGUUCAUCUUGUGCUCUGGAGCAGGCAAGCUCAUGCUGGCUCGCACCCGGCUCGCCACUGGCUUUUCUCCAGCCUUGCACGACUGUGUCCGUGAUCCUCCUUGGCGCCACCCCGGGUUUGUAGCGGGUUCCUUAGGUAGGUCCCGAGCCCAACGCAAGCCGAAGGUCAUUCCGGCUGGUGGUGACGCAAGGUUGGUAGUUGAGGAUCAGCUUGGUGGGGUUUCCGACUUGCUAGGUGAGCUUGCGCCUGCCGCUUCUGAUCCUGAGAGUUCUUCGCAGAUGAGUGAGGAUGACCCUGAUGGUCACCGUUCCGGUGAGGCUGCUGCUCCCGACCCUGACAGCAGUACCGCUGUGAGUCUCCCGUUGCAGCCUGGUGCUCCCGUUGAACCGCCGGCCGUUACAGCAAGUGAUCCUUUGUUGCAAAGUAGUGCCAGCUCUGCUGGGCCUAUGCCAGUUGACCCUGUCAGCUCAGUCGCGAGGGAACGCCCCAGGCCGGCAGGCGAGGAAGGCGCUCCAGGUCCUGAGCCCAGGCGUGCAAGGAUUGCAGCCGCAACUGUGUGCGGAGUUGAGUACCACCACGCCGAUGAGGAUCCUGACCUUGCAUUCUCCCCGGCGGACAUCGAAAGCAUCAAUGAGCUUGACGGUCUGUGUUCAGAUGAUGAAGACGAGGAGGGUGAGCAAGGCCUUGUCCCUCCUGAUGAGCUUUAUCGGCCCUUCUCAUCACAUGAGAUCUCGGUUAGAUAUGCUCUGUUGUCCUGUGACAUAUCUGACGCUUACUUAACUUGCGAGCAGCCAUGCCCGACCGUGGUAACACUCCACGGCACCACGUACCGCUUGGCAUUUAUGCUACCGGGGCAACGAGACGGGUCAGCGGUUUGGUUUGCCACCUUCGCCAAGUAUCUGGUUUCGGAGGGCGGAGUUUCGUUGUGGCCUGGAUGCGAGGCGCUGUUUGCUCUGCGUAACCACUCCGGCGGAGGACUCCUCCAUGUAGACGACUUGUUGGGGUCAGGUGAAUAUGCUGAGCUGCAAAGACUUGCGCAGAUCAUAGAGUCAAAGUAUAAGUGCACUCUUGAGUGGCUUGUUCGCGAAGGCGACAGCUUGCACUUCUUGAAGCGCAAACACACUUUGGCCCGCCAGGAUCUCCUCUGCAUCCAGAAGGCUGACAAGCACAUCAUGAAACUUGUUGAGCUUUUGCAGCUUGAGCCGAAGCCCACCCCGUUGCCUCUGCAAACGCUUGACUUGUCCAGGUCAGACCCUCUUCCAGAGGACCAGAUGUCGAUCUACAGAUCGUGCAUCGGGAUACUGAUGUAUAUCUCUGCAGACACUGCCGACAUGCAACAUUCCAUUCGAAUGCUCUCCCAGCACCUUGCAUGCCCAACCGAGGCUUGCAUGAAGGCCCUCAAACACCUGGUUAGAUAUGCCAAGUCAGCCAACUGGGCUUCAGAUCACGCCACACGCCGUAGCGCGAGUGCCGGUGCUUUGUACAUGAAUGGGAAUGCAAUCUAUACGGCGAGCCGCACACAGCGGGUCGUAGCUAUGUCAAGCUGCGAGUCAGAGCUCAAUGCCCUUGUGUCCUUUGCAGUGUAUGUGAAACAAGCCCUUCGGUUCGUUGAUGGAGUCACUCCCGAAUGCCAUGCCUUCAGCGACUCCUCCUCCGCUCGUGCGGUUGUGAACAAGCAAGGGCUUUCCAAGCUCAAACACGUUGAGAUCAGAUUGCUAUGGGUUCAACAGGCCUUGAAGGAUGGUGCUUUCAAGCUCCACCCGGUCGGCACUCUUGACAACUCUUCGGACCUGAUGACAAAAGCGCUUAAGCGUGAGCGGAUGCUGUAUUUGAUGUAUCUCUUGAACAUCAGGGACGGCGAUGCUCAGUUCAAUCGUGUCGGCGAGGCCCAGGCUGUCGCGCGUGACAACAAUCUGUCCUUGAAGCUCGCAGUCAAAGCAGUGAAGGCAUUCAAGGGACCACAGCAACGGGUGCAUGCGCUCCUGCAAGCGCUGACCUUCAUGUCCUUGAUUGAUGCCAACCAGGCAUGCAUGCUUGACUCCGUGAGCCAUCCGCAUGUGCUUGAAAGCGCCUUGAGCGGUUGCGGCCUCAUCCUUGUGUGCGCCGGAUGCUUUACAGUGCUAUGCAUGAGCCUGCAGGGCUGCCAAGCCGAGAUUGCAGAUGAGCUCCCCGAGCCCUGGGUUGUAUGGUUCACCCUAAUCAUAGGACUCUUCAUAGGUCUAGGGUUUUGGUUUGUGUUGCUAGGUGCCGAGCCGCAGCCACAGAUGCCUUGUGAACCCGACGACGCCACCACACCUGCUUGUGACGACGACGCGUCGACCUUGAGCGAUGACAUUCCUGCAGAAGGUGAACCUGCGCCAACGCCUGAUGUGACCAGAGCAUCUUCUGAUGAGCCACUGUCAGAACCGACGGAAAGUGGUGAUGGCGCAGGCGACGGCAACAGCCACCCUGCUUCACCCAUUGCCCAUGAUCCGAUCGUCGAGCCCGAGAAUCACGCCUUGGCAGCAGUGCCGAUCACAGUUGUUGAUCCUCCUGGAUUCCCUGCUGCUGUCGAUCAGCUGCUUGUGUAUCAUGCGCCGAUCUCUGGGCGCAGAUGGCAUGUGUUCCGAGGGUGUUGGGGUUUGAGCAGAGCUGCUGUCAUUGCUGAGGAAGAGCUUGGUGUGCUUUUGCGACGUGAUCCCGGAACCACGAUGUGCUUGAUCUGCAUGAACCGAGUUCGCAAUGACUUGCGAUUCCCAAUGCUUCGGAUUACCGAUGGAGCCGACGACCCACACCGUGAACACCCCGAACCUGAGCCUUUCCAGUAG